AUGGCAACGGCCGUCUCACGUGGUUCUUCCUUUGACACGCUUCCUUACGAAGUCAAGAUACGGAUAUUCUCGCGCCUUCCCUUCUGUGAACGUGUACGUCUGACAAGGGUCAGUCAAUCAUGGCGUCAAUUCCUUUUGAAUUGGCCAGAGAUGUUUGAAAGGAUAGAGAAUCGCUGCGACUGUGCAUUCGAGAGAGACCUUUCAUACACCAUGUGUCAACUCAACCAUGCGCUAUUGCCCUAUGCACCUUAUAUCCAACCAAAGGCUUUCCGCGACUUGAGUCUUCUCAUGCUAUCGGACAACACCGCUAAUCAAAAGAAUAUGAUACUGGAGAAUACCUUUGAUUUCUUUAUUGCACUUCGAUUCUACUAUAUUGAAAAGUGCUUUAUAUCGAUUACUUGCUUGGAUGAAGAAUGGUUUUCCAAAUUUAUCAAAGUUUGCUCUCACAACUUGAAGCGUUUGGAGUUUAUGAUGCGACCGGAUACACCCAUUGACGUUCCUUUCCUCGAUCUCUUUUUAUUACGCCUGACACAUCUUGAAGAUUUUCGACUCCUUGCAUUUCCAGCAAGCGGUGAUGAUGGACACCUAUUUGCAGGACUCUUUCUCAAUCAUUUUGAUGGUGUGAGCGACUCGAUACCUGAGAAUUGGAGCGUGAAAACGAUUGAAUUGGAUUGUCAUGGAAGCGCUAUCUACAUGCCACUCGACACCUUUGUGACAAAGUUACGCGGAUUGCAGUUUGCCAGAAUUAAGCCUGCGGACUUUCGUGAUCCAUUGACGGUUGGACAAGCAUUCGCCCAAUGUCCCAAUUUACGCUUGUUGAUUGUGGACAAGGAUUCAGCACACAAUUGGAGCCAGCACAAAAAGGAAGGUGCCAAAGGCCUUUAUCAUUUGGAGCUUACCGAUCAAUUCUGCAAACCAGCCAUAUACCUUCCAUUGCUCACAAAGCACCACCAAACAUUGGAGACAUUGAAGCUUGACGGCCUCGUUCUCACCAGGGGAACAAUGCGAGCCCUUGCCCCGCUUGAAUUUCCAGCAUUGAAAAAGAUUGUUAUCAAGGACAAGACGUUGUUUGAGCAAGGUGACGAAGACGAAGACCAUGGCGUUUUCGCAUCGGGUGAUGAUUUCGAUACGUUCAUCCACAGGCUUCCUCCUCAGCUAGAGUAUCUUCAUUUGUCAGUCUACAGCUAUUUGACGGAUGGCAUGCUCAGGGCACUCGAAUCAGUUGCAUGCUUGAAAAAGUUGGAAUUGGUCGUAUGCAAUGGUAUAACCGAAGAGGGCUUAUUGCACUUCCUAAAUCACACUCAAAGCAAGGAUACCCUCGAGGAACUCAUCCUGACGGGCCAGCAUUGCGUUACAAACGAUGUCCUCCAUACCAUUGGACGUAAUCUAUCAGCUCUUACCUAUCUCUCGCUCACAAGCAGGAACAAUGUCAGUCUCUUUGAUGGUUUGGAUCGCUUUUUGGAUACCAGCCCCAUCAUUGGCAAAUUGCAUUACCUCGCUAUUGAUUGCAAUAAGGACGAUGACUUUGUACCAACGAAUGAACAAGUCGAGGAUGUAUUACACAAGCUUCAGGCGAAGGUGAGCAUCUGGCACUUUUGUCUCGAUGCGCCAAGCAAGAAGCGUAGAAGAUUAAGAGGCGUCGACUUUUGGUUCAAACAUUAUGCUCCAAGAACUAAAGAAUCAGGACAAGAAUCUUCGGAAGAAUCCUCUGAUGAAUACUCUCACGAAUACUCUCAAGAAGACUCUGAAGACGAUGAUAACGAAAGCAAUGGUAGCGAACAUUAG